CGAAGGUCUUGAAGUGACUAGGUGAUGCUGUCACUCAAACAUAGUGACGAGCUGAGAUGAGGCGACCUCAACCACAGAACGAUUUGAGAUCUUUGAGUAAACAUGGUGCCAAAACCGAGCUACAGCAAAAUGAAUCUCAUAUGUGCGACGAGCGAAGCGCUUCUAGCUUGAAGAACAAAGCACCAGAUUGUAAACACUACAGCUACACAUCAAUCUCAGGUAAAAUGGAUUUCUUUAGAGAACUUAGAGAGUUACGAGGUAACCAGGGCAGAGAGGAAGAAGAGGAGGGGGUUAUUUCUGUAGAGCCUAUCGCGAUGAUAGUGCCGUCGGCCCUGCCUGAGACGAUAACGCCUGAGAGCAGUGCCAGUUCCAAUGCUAGGGACAAUGGUGGCGACCACCACACUUCACCGUCCAGCAGCUCGUCUUCUAGAGAGACACCCAACCGCGAGGAAGAGACGGGGAAUGUGGUUGGCGAUGAACCAAGUCUGCCCGUGGUUGGAGAAUGGGAAAAUAGGGUAAUCACAGGUAGAUUGAGUAACCUACGCAAGGCGCCCAAAGAACUGCCUUCUGAUUUUAAGUUCAGGGUGGUGCUUCACCACGAAGUGGCAGAUAACGCGCCCUCGAUAAGCAGAAUGAAAGGGCUGCACGGUGUCACAGGCGGGCUGGAUACCAGUGUACCUGACGCCCAACAACAUAAGGUUCAUCAUAGGCUUUAUGCUGUUGUGUGCGAGGUUGGAGGUACCGAUGAAGGCGAUAGUGUUCAAGUCGCUAUUCUAGUGUCGACUGUGCCCAAACUCCAGAGUGGCGAGGUGGAAGAGGCAGUUCAUUUUCGUUCGCGACACGCGCACAGAAAGAAUAAGCAACGACCUCACUACUCUGCUAUCUUAAUGGCGCGUGCCAAAUGCAUAUCAUUCUUGAAAGGCAACGUCAAAGAGCCUAGGGCUCCUAAGGUUGCGCGGCAAGCAGCGCCUCUCAGAGACAGACACGAUUUGACGAGCGGCCGCCCCCAGCGCUGCAGUCUCGCAGCUCGUCACAUCGUGGAUCAAGCUUGGCGUCCAGGCCGUGGGCCAAGCAUAGAGCUGAAGCUGCGGCUCCUAGUGCACGCAGGCAUGCACGCACUUCCAACUGUGGCCGUGCGCUCAUCAAACGCGCCAUCUGCCACGGUACGGGCAGCAGCUGAGCCCGCACCUGCAUCGACCUCAGUGUCGGCACCCAGGAUUGCAUAUCCGGAGGGCUUCAGCUAUGUCAAAAUGGACUGCCAGCCCACCAUGGUGCAAGGCAUGCAAAGCUUUGUGCCUCUCGUGGAUCGUCAACGGGCAAGGACCUUUGUACAGCAGCAUGGCGGGCAAGUCGCCAUGGUCAAACUGAUGGACGCGUUUAGCUACGCAGUCGCACUGUUCGAGAGUGAACAAGGAGCUCGCUCUCAGAAUAGCAAGCUUAGCGCCAACUGCAAACAGUUGGCCGCAGAAAAGGCCAGCCUUGUGGACAAUGUCAAUCGUCUGCAAGGCUUGGAGAUGGCCACUCGAGCGGCUUCAGCGGAGAGUCGAGCAGAAGAGCUUUCGAGCAGGAACAAUGAGCUUAGGGAGGAGUUGGAAAGGGCCCGUGCUGAGAAAGAAAGCAGGAUCCAAGUGGCGAAGGACGAGGCCGCCCGGGUUAAGGAACAGGCCAAAAAAGCUAAGGCCAAGAGGGACCAUGCUCUGAACGAGCUGAGCUCCCUGAGGCGACAAGUCACCCAAGCCGCCCAGAACCUUAAUGAAGCUGAGGAGGCCCUGAACAGAGUGAAGGCAUCUAACGGGCGCUUCGUAGGCAUCGCCCGUGCUCAAGGGGCAGAGUGGCUAGUGGGGUCGGCCGCGUUCCAAGACGCUGUGGCGGUGGCGUCUGCAAACAUGACCACGGAGAUCUACAACGAGAUUCGUGGGAAGGUACUACAGCAUCGCCCGGACUUCCCAAUACGCGAGCUAGUGUUUUUCGACGGGGAGGACCUUGACGAGCAGGGUAAGAGCCUUGCUCCCCUUGCUGAUACGACAGUGCGGUUGAGGUGGGAGCUCAACGAGGAGGGGGAGCCAUUGAGCACUCACCCCAGCUCUCAGCCCGUCGUAGUGCGGGCCAGGUCACCUGUCAGUGCACCAGCUUGCGAGCCUACAUCCCAGCCUUCUCUAGCUCGCUCCUCUCCUCCUGCUGCUAAUGCGUCCAUGCCCGUCGAUUUGACGGAUGACUAGUUUUAGGAUUUUUCUUUUCUUUUUUGUACUGCUUUUGCAUUUUUGUAUUGAUCAAUGGAUCCGUUUCAUAUGUACUUCAAAUGUAAACAUCAUUGAUGAAAUACAAACAUGAGUUUUCC